GACGAACAGCCGUGGAACACGAUACAGCAUUGCAUCAACCUCUUGCAUCAGCUGUCUCGACUUCUGAAGCGUCUGAGCAGGUCUUGCUCCCCAUGGUGGAUGAUCGCUUCUGCUUGCCUAUUACAGCAGCUUACUCAUUGCCGGGACAGCUACUGCAUGGGGUGCCAGACCGUACAUCUAGUCCGCCACAUACACUUCAGGCAGAAUCAGAAAUCUAUGACACCACGCUACCGGUGCAGCCCCAUUGUACCUUGUUCGACGCUCGUCAUGAAACGAUAACGCCCAGAUGGCAAAAGCAAGAUACGUCUCUUACGCAGAAUCGCCUGUCGUUCGAUAAAAGAAACAAUGGUUUGGGCGGUGAUUGCUUGCCUGUGGAAGACCAAUUAGCUAGAAAUCAAGAAGUUUGGACGCCAUUCAACUUCGACAGAAAAGACAAUAGUAUGGCUUGGAGUACAUUACCUACGGAACCGCCCCCAGGAGACCCAGGAAUUAUCAAAGAUGAUGUAUGCGCUACUGGGGAAGGGAAAGCUCUGGAUGAACGUAGCCCCACUAGUUUGACACAUCCGUUUAAUGUCCAUGGUUCCGGAGGGAACCAGUCUUACUACUCGGAUAUCGCAGGUGAAAGAGGCUUGGCUACCCCUGACUUUCUGAAACCAGACUGCGCUACAAGAGGCACUAUCGCUCUGGAUCGCAUUGAGGAUCUCGAGUCAGUAAUAAGUAAUCAAUCUAGGGCUCAACAUUCCAACCAAACAUCUAAGGUAUUCGAUAAUACUUUGGGUGGGAGUAGGAACGGCAGGCAUGAACUAAAGAGUUUGCAACUUGCAGCAGUGGCUGCUAAAAGGCAACAAGAGGAGCAAGACAAGAAGAUGGGCACAUGCGUUAGAACAAGAAAAGAAAAUGAAGGAAGACAGCG